CUGCUAUGUAUCCUGCUCUUAACACUUGCAUUUCAACGAAUAUCCUGCUAAUACAUCUAGUAAGAUGAGCACAACAGCAACGGUCACGAUGACCGCACCACCUUCUACAUCGACGAUCAAGCUCGCUCCUGCUCAAUCUCAUGGCGAAGCUUCAUCAUCUCAACCCCCGAAGUCACAAAAGCAAAUGACCAAAGCGGAGCGACGCGAGCAACAAGAGCGUCAGAGAGCUGCAAAGGCUGCUGCAAAAGCAUCUGGUCCGCAACCCGGCGGAUCUAAUCAAAAUCCCGUUCAGGUGAAGAAGGGCGCACCACCUGCUGCAAGUACGAGUGCUUCAGUUAAGAAGGGUGCGAAGGGUGCCGAUGGAAAACCAACCAAGGAGACAAAAGAAACCACAGCCGAUGACUCUGCUCGUGGUUUGCGGAUAUUCUCCCAUUUUGGCCUUCCCAAACCUCCUGGCCCUACCAAGGGAGAUAUACACCCGGCGAUUAUUCGCCUCGGAUUGCAAUUUUCAGAGUUCAAGAUCGCAGGGGCAAAUGCGCGCUGUAUCGCGACCCUCACUGCGUUUAAAACUGUAAUACAAGACUAUGUCACUCCCCCUAACAACACGCUCUCAAGACAUCUCUUGACGCACCUUUCACCGCAAAUUACUCAUCUUGUUUCUGCUCGCCCGAUGUCUGUCACUAUGGGUAAUGCUAUCCGGCAGCUCAAAUUAGAUAUCAGUGGCUCGGAUAUCGACCUUCCGGAGCAGGAUGCGAAAAACUUCCUUUGUCAAACGAUAGAUGAUUAUAUCAACGAACGAAUUAUCAUAGCAGAUCAAGUCAUCCAAGAGACUGCAGGGACCAAGAUUAAAGAUGGAGACGUCAUUCUCACAUAUGCUCGAUCUUCCGUUGUGGAGAAAGUUCUGGUUGGCGCGUGGGAAGACAGAAAACAAUUCUCGGUUGUCGUCGUUGACUCCCGGCCGAUGCUAGAGGGCAAGAAGCUUCUCUCCGUACUUUCUGCCAUGGGCAUUCCAUGCACUUAUCUCCUUAUACCAUCCAUUGGUUCUGUCAUCACAGAGGUCUCGACAGUCUUAGUGGGCGCUCACUCGAUACAUGCAAACGGUGCCGUAUUUUCCCGUGCAGGCACGGCCCUCGUAGCGAUGAUGGCGAAACAGCACAGCGUUCCUGUCGUUGUUUGCUGCGAGACAUACAAGUACUCGGAAACAAUUCAGCUAGAUAGUUUUACCAAGAACGAGCUCGCACCAUCUGGCGAUAUAUUUUCCUCCUUUCCCCUUACUCGGUCAAAAGAUACGCUCACCCUCAGCAAAAAACUCAAUUUGGAGAUUCUGAAUCCGCUCUACGACCUGACACCUCCUUCGAGUAUCACCGCGGUCGUAACAGAAGUUGGCGUUAUUCCGCCAAGCUCUAUCAGCUCGAUUCCACUCGCGCUUGGUCGCACUACACUGUAACAUACCGCACAUAGCAUUGUUGUCUGUUCACAAGUAGGAAGUUACAAUCAUACGAAUUAAUUGUAUAGAUAUCAUGGUGCAUUGGUCUAUUUAUGCGCUUUGCUGUGGUGUUGUAGUUUAACUGGCCGGCGCCGGUCAUGUCAAAUAAUACUUGUUAUGCUUUUUCCUC